AUCUUCUUAAACCUUUCUCUCUCCUUCUGAUCUCUUUACAAAAAAAUUGGGUAGUGCUGCUACGAUCCAAACUCCAAGGGGCAGCCCAACCAGAAAGCCCAGAAAAUUAAUUGGCGAGAAAAAGAUAGGAAGGGAGAGUAUAUGAUUCAUAUUUACCAGUCUUCUUCUUCUUCUUGUGCUUUUCAUUCGGAUCUCUGAGCUACGGCUGCUCGUUUGACUGAUUCCAUCUCCAAUCUCAUCCCAAAUAUUCACUGAAAUGGCUGGAGGAGGAUUCAUCCACCAGCUUUUGAGGAGGAAGCUUCAGCCACACUCUGCUGCAUCUCCAUUUUUAUCUAUCUUUACUUCAAAGAAAGUUCAUGAUGACACUGGAUCAGUGGGUAUGAAGUCCCUAAGAACAUUUGCGCUCCUUGGAGCUGGCCUUUCUGGGUUUCUUAGUUUCGCAACUGUAGCAUCUGCUGAUGAGGCUGAACACGGCUUAGAAUGUCCGAGCUAUCCUUGGCCUCACAAAGGCAUUCUCAGUUCAUAUGACCAUGCAUCGAUUCGCCGUGGUCACCAAGUUUACCAGGAAGUGUGUGCAUCUUGCCACUCCAUGUCUUUGAUAUCAUAUCGUGAUUUGGUAGGUGUUGCAUAUACAGAAGAGGAGGUGAAAGCAAUGGCAGCUGAGAUUGAGGUAGUUGAUGGGCCCAACGAUGAGGGUGAGAUGUUUACUCGUCCUGGUAAACUCAGUGAUCGUUUUCCUCAGCCAUAUGCAAAUGAACAAGCGGCCAGAUUUGCUAAUGGAGGGGCUUAUCCUCCUGAUUUAAGUCUUAUUACGAAAGCUCGUCACAAUGGUCAGAAUUAUGUUUUUGCUCUUUUAACUGGUUACCAUGAUCCUCCUGCUGGUGUUUCAAUCAGAGAGGGGUUGCAUUACAAUCCUUACUUUCCUGGGGGAGCUAUUGCCAUGCCUAAAAUGCUGAAUGAUGGUGCCGUUGAGUAUGAAGAUGGUACCCCUGCAACAGAAGCACAGAUGGGAAAAGAUGUUGUAACGUUCUUAUCAUGGGCAGCAGAGCCAGAAAUGGAAGAAAGGAAAUUGAUGGGUUUUAAGUGGAUAUUUGUACUCUCACUGGCAUUACUUCAGGCUGCAUAUUACCGGCGAUUGAAGUGGUCAGUUCUCAAGUCUCGCAGGCUAGUUGUUGACGUCGUCAACUAAGCUUCCGUCUGGUUUCUCUCAUUCCAAUGAUUAUGUGUGGACUUGAAAUUGGCAAUAAUUGCUUUUGUCAGAAAACUAGGCUUCUGCCGGUGGACAUAUUGUAAUGGUGAUGGAGUCACCUGCGGAGUCUUUUUUUUGUUGAAUUGAGGAAGAUAAUAAGCUAUUCUCCAUGUAGGCAACAUGAAUUUUGUUA